AUGCAGAUGUACAAGUUUAAGCUCAUAUCCCAGGCAUAUGAAGUUCUGUCGGACCCAAAGAAAAGGGACCUCUAUGACCAGGGUGGGGAGCAGGCUAUUAAAGAAGGAGGCCUGAGUGGCGGCAGCUUCUCUUCACCCAUGGACAUCUUUGACAUGUUCUUUGGUGGUGGAGGCCGAAUGAAUAGAGAGAGAAGAGGCAAAAAUGUUGUGCACCAGUUAGGUGUAUCUCUUGAGGACUUAUAUAAUGGUAUCACAAGAAAGCUGGCACUGCAAAAGAAUGUUAUCUGUGGAAAGUGUGAAGGUUAUGGUGGAAAGAGAGGGGCAGUAGAAAAGUGCCCAGUGUGUAAAGGAAGAGGAAUGCAAGUUCUAGUUCAGCAGAUUGGACCUGGCAUGGUACAGCAAAUUCAAACCGUGUGUCCUGAAUGCAAAGGCCAAGGUGAAAGAAUAAAUCCGAAGGACAGGUGUGACAACUGUAAUGGCUGUAAGGUUGUGAGAGAGAAAAAGAUCAUAGAAGUUCAUGUUGAUAAAGGUAUGAAAGAUGGUCAGAAGAUAGUAUUUCAUGGAGAAGGUGACCAGGAGCCUGAUCUGGAGCCUGGUGAUGUUAUAAUUGUGCUUGAUCAAAAGGAUCACAGCGUUUUUCAGAGGCGAGGGCAUGACUUAAUCACCAAAAUGAGAAUCCAACUCUCAGAGGCUUUAUGUGGCUUCAGAAAGACCAUUGAAACUCUGGAUAACAGAGUUCUAGUCAUAUCAUCUAGGCCAGGUGAAGUGAUAAAACAUGGUGACCUAAAGUGUAUCUGCAAUGAAGGGAUGCCCAUCUACAAAUCUCCAAUGGACAAAGGCAACUUAAUUAUACAAUUUUUGGUCCAGUUCCCAGAGCACUACUGGCUCCCAAGGGAGAAACUGUGUCUGCUGGAGGCGCUGCUACCUCCACGAGAAGAUGUUAUGAUUACAGAUGAGAUGGAUCAGGUAGACCUAGAAGAUUUUGAUCCAAGUGAGCAAACCUACCGUAACAGUGGGGGAGAAGCAUAUGAAGAAGAUGAGGAGGGUCCAAGAACAGGAGUACAGUGUCAGACAUCUUAAAGCAAGGUGGAAUGGAUGUCAUCUAAAAUGUAAAUUUUCACAAUGAAAACUGCAUGGCUGUAAUAGCCACUGCUUGUGUUUUUUGUGUUCAGCAAAUUGAGUUGCUGCGCUGUCAGUAUCACCUUUUUGUAACUAAUUUAUAUUGUGUUCUUGUAGUCUUUAUAUAUAAAGCAAAUGUCACACAGCUGAGAACCAACUGACUGGGUAUACAUUUUCCUUUGCUAUUAAGGUUCUCAAUUUAUUUCACCUAUGCUAUUUAUAUAAGACUUUGGCAAUAUUGAUAGAGGCUAAGUGGAGUGUCUUAUGUAAAUACUUUCAUACUGGAAAAUUAAUUUCAUAGAAUAAAACAUAGCAGAAAUAACUUCUAAUAAAUAGAAUUCUUCACAUUU